UUUUCCGCUGAUUCAGGCAAAGACUGCACAACCCACCUAAAAACACAUGUAUAAAAAUGAGAAGCACACGCUGUCUGUCCCAAACGUUCGCUCGUCUACCAUCUCUACCGUUCCUUGUCCUCUGCUUCAAGAACAGCGUGACCAUGGCAGUUUGGAUCCAGGCUGGUGCUCUGUUGUUUCUUUUGGCCGUCUCCGGUGUGAACGCUAACGCAGGGGCGCCGCAGCACCUGUGUGGAUCUCAUCUGGUCGAUGCCCUCUACCUGGUCUGUGGGCCAACAGGCUUCUUCUAUAACCCCAAGAGAGAUGUUGACCCUCUUCUGGGUUUCCUUCCUCCAAAAUCUGCCCAGGAAACUGAGGUGGCUGACUUUGCAUUUAAAGAUCACGCCGAGCUGAUAAGGAAGAGAGGCAUUGUAGAGCAGUGUUGCCACAAACCCUGCAGUAUCUUCGAGCUGCAGAAUUACUGUAACUAAAAGAACAUGUCCUGUGACAACCGCCAAUGACUUCACCACCUGUUUGCACACAGGUAUCAGCCUUAAUGCUCUUGAUUUGUUUUUCAUAGAAAAUAAAAUGUUAUCAAAUGAA